AUGUCCACGAUCAUUGGCAUCCGCGACGCCGGGCCGACCGGUGCAGUGGCCGCAGCCGACAUCAACGGCGGAAUCUACUCUCCGGCUAAGGAGAAAGCCGCCUCCAGAGGCGUCUACACCGGCCGCUCCCAGCUCAUUCGGCGGCUCCGAAGCCUGGUCUGCGCGGCUAAGCUCAAGCUCGUUGUGUGCCUUGUCAUCUUCUCCGUCGUCGUUUUGGUCACCUCCAGGCUUAGUUCUGUGAUGGGUUGGGUCCCUCCCCACCCUAACCCCACCACCAGUUCUAGAGGUGGUGGAUAUACGGUGCUUAUGAACACAUGGAAGCGAAGCUCAGCUUUGAAGCAAUCAAUUGGGCACUAUGCGUCGUGUGGUGGCGUUGAAGCAAUUCAUGUGGUGCGGACGGACAGCGAACCACCCUCAGAAUCUAUGAAAUCCCAUCUCGAAAAGAUGGCAUUUUCAAAGUCACAAGCAGCGAAAAAACCCAACUUUAAGUUUAGCAUGAGCCAAGACGACGAUUUGAACAAUCGGUUUAAGCCAAUUCAGGACCUUAGAUCAGACGCCAUAUUCUCUGUUGAUGAUGAUGUAAUAGUCCCCUGUUCCACUUUGGAUUUUGCUUUCACGGUCUGGCAAUCUGCACCCAACACAAUGGUUGGGUUUGUUCCUCGCAUGCAUUGGCUUGAUAAGGAGAAGAGUGGCGUAGAGAAAUAUACGUAUGGGGGGUGGUGGUCCGUUUGGUGGAUGGGCACAUAUAGUCUGCUUCUUCCCAAAGCUGCAUUCUUUCAUAGGAACUACUUGAAUUUGUAUACCAGCAAUAUGCCCUCAUCUAUCCGUGAUUAUGUCACCAGGGAGAGAAACUGUGAAGAUAUUGCUAUGUCAUUGCUUGUUGCUAAUGCCACCGGUGCUCCUCCAAUUUGGGUGAAAGCUGGGGCCACUAACUGUGCAGGGAAGACAUAUGAGAUUGGAUCAUCUGGAGUGAGCAGCAUGAAAAGGCACAGCAAGAGGAGGAACAAGUGCCUCAACGAUUUCAUCCCCCUAUUCGGAAGAAUGCCGCUUGUAUCAACCAACGUUAAGGCUGUAGACACGAGGCUUGAAUGGUUCUGGUAA